AUGUUUCGUCGAAGUAGCGCAUCUUUACUGAGAACUUUCUCACGUCAACGGACGCAGUUCUUGACAGAAGAUGCGGUGUUGGCGACAUCUUCCGGAAGUCCAACUCAACGAAAUGAUUCGCUUCUUAGUGCAAAUAACUCUGAUUCUGGGGUCUUAAGGUGGAGCGAUCCGCGUUCGUACAGCACAAAAACACUUCAACGUCGUGUCCUUACGUCAAUGAGAGAUGUCGCUCAAAGUCCGAUAGAAUUUGAACCUAUGCCACCGAGGCGAUUGGUCUUCAUGGUCACGCCCGAACAUUUCGAUGUGACCUACGUAAUCAAUCCGCAUAUGGAUGGAAAAAUCGGAACAGUCGACAAAGCGAAAUGCAUCGACCAGUGGCAUGUAGCGAGAGAAGAAAUCAAGAAAGUCGGCGUGAAAGUCGUCGAGAUCCCGAGCAAGCCUGGGUUGCCGGACAUGAUUUACGCUGCAAAUCUCGGUCUCCCAUUCCCUGCAAAAUCAGGCGUUGAAGUUUACAUGAGCAACAUGGCAGUUGAAGAAAGAGCCAAGGAAGUUCCGCAUUACGCGGAAGCUUGUGAAAGCGUCGGCUAUGAGGUGAAAUAUUUGCCAGCGAACAUAGAUUUCGAAGGUCAAGGAGAUGCCUUGUGGCACGGAACCAGACGCCUGAUCUGGGCGGGUUACGGGUUUCGCACGGAUCUCCGAGUCUACGACAUUAUCUCGUCAGCGUGGAAAGUGCCAAUCGUGGCCUUGAAACUGCACGAUCCGUUUUUCUACCACAUCGACACGGCAUUGGCGAUUCUCGACAACGACACGGCCGUCGUGUACCCCAAGGCAUUCACGGACGAGGGGUUAUCCAUGAUCCGCACCCUGAUCCCGAGACUGAUUGAGGUUCCCGAGUCCGAUGCCAAAGGCAGAUUGGCGUGCAAUUGUUUUUGCCCCGACGGCGAAAACGUGUUGAUCCAAGCGGGUUCGAAAGAGACCAACCGGAAGUUGAAGGAAGCUGGUUAUAAUGUGAUCGAGGUUGACGUUUCCGAGUUUCUCAAGGGCGGCGGCAGCAUUUGCUGCAUGAAAAUGUUUUCCUGGUGAAGAUUCAAUUGGUAUUUGGGUAUUCUUCAAAUGGACCCCCUCAUCCAAAUAUUUCGUAUUCGGCGAUAUUCUUCGUAAAAGGAUUUCGUUUUCUGCCUUUUCCUGAUGAGUAAACCAGGUUAAUUUGAUAGCUGCUAUAGACCUACAAAAAAUCAAUGUGAGCGCAUAAUUUUCGAAUUUGUGGAAGGGAAGUGAUGGAACGAAAAAAAAAAAAAAGCAUUUGGCAUCAUCCAGAGUUCCAGACGACAAAAAAUAGUUAUUGAUGCUUGCAGUACGUGGAAAAGUAAAAAUGUUUGCCUUUUUGGAACUCGGCACUAUUGCUAAAUUUGUGGAUAACAAAUAAUGUUUCCUUAUUGGCUGUAACAUCAGUAUUUUUUGAAUCACUGCUGCACUUUGGAUUUUUUGUGCAAAGAUUUUAAAUUCCUUUUUCUUGUCUCAAGUGCAAAACCUCUUGAAUCGGUGCUGGCAUUUUUUUUUUCCACUCUACCGUCACACCUUUCUUUACUCAAAUGUGAUGAUGUUUUGUUCGUAACUCUAUAUCAUUUUACUAGAUUUUUUGGUGAUCUGUAGGUAAUCGCAAAAUUUCUGCAUCUUUUGUGUAGCGCUAGUGUCAAUAAGUUAUAAUCGUUUGAACCGUAAAUAGUAACGUGAUGGAGGGUAUCCAGGGGAGCCUAUGUUUUUUUUCAGUUUUUCUAUUCUCUGCGGGGUACUCUUUAUAGUUUGCAUUCUUGAAUUGUUCGGGAAUUGAAAACUUAACAAGGAUUUAUCUUUUUUGCAGCAUUUAAAUUUAAAAAAAUAUUAUUCCGACGAAUAAUUGAAUGUUUGUUUUUUAGAAAAAUUAUAACAAAAUCUGUACAGUGCAAAAGGGCAUCACUUGAACCUCAACUUGUCGAAUUUGAAAUUUUAUCUUAAUCUUGGACAUUCCCUUUGAUUUUGGGUUCUUUUCGAAUCAUUUGUUGAUUGGUUCAUUUUUUUAGGAUCAACUCGCUGCCAAUAAAUACAGAGAGUAUCGAACAACUUCAAUAGAUUUUUUAUUUGACCAAUUUACUUUCCGUGGAAGUCGAUCUGGAAUUUUUUUUUUUCAUUUUUUAAGAGAAAGAUUUUUGGGUGCAUGUUUUGAGAAUGAAACAUGUCAACAAAUACCGGUGUCGAAAGAAAUGUAGGCGUGCUUGAUUUAUAUUGUUUUUUUUCCUCUUUUUAUUGCCUCCCACAUGCAAUGCAUAUCUCGUUUUAUUACUGAUUCUGUAAACCAGAAUUUCUUUGUUUGAAUGGAGAAUGCUUUUUGGACCCGGGAAUAAAGUAUCUCGAGUGCCUGAAA